AUGAACAGAAGUCACGGGCUGUACAUGCAGAGGUCACAGGCUGUACAUGCAGUGGUCACGGGCUGUACAGCCAACUUCACGUGUUCACAGCUGAUAGAACUUGAACCAAAGCCCGUAGUUACAGGACUUAUUCUUUCUUCUAUAGUUGGAUCUUCGCCGGCGGCCAUUAACUUCGGUGUGACCUUGUCCCACCAACAGCUUGCUUGGUAUCUUGUCGGAGGAACACCCCAGUGUGUGUGUGACCAUUCAGAUUUGAGGCUGUAUCUUAAGGGGCACCGUCAAGUUCGCCGUCAGCUUCUCCUACAAAGAGUUUCGUUCAUAUCUUCUCCCACAGGUAUGGUUCAUAUGUUGUUUUCCAUGGUUGCAACCUGA